AAUGUCUGUGUGUCCAUGGAACAUGCGACAACGGGAUAGACAGUGACGGGGCCUGCCUUGCAGGCACAUGCAGAGACAGGUCCACUGGGAGACUCUGUGACAAGCAGACCUCAGCCUGUGGGCCUUACGUCCAGUUCUGUCACAUCCACGCCACCUGUGAAUACAGCAAUGGGACAGCCAGCUGUGUUUGCAAAGCAGGAUAUGAAGGGGAUGGAAUUCUCUGUUCCGAGAUGGACCCUUGUGUGGGAUUAAUCCCAGGAGGCUGUAACCGCAAUGCAGAAUGCAUCAGAGCUGGCGUGGGGACGCACUCCUGCGUGUGCCAGCAAGGGUGGACAGGGAAUGGGAGAGACUGCGUGGAGAUCAACAACUGCCUGCUGCCCAGUGCUGGCGGCUGCCACGACAAUGCGACCUGUUUGUAUGUGGGUCCCGGACAGAACGAGUGCGAGUGCAAGAAAGGAUUUCGAGGAAAUGGGAUUGACUGUGAACCAAUAACUUCAUGCUUGGAACAAACUGGGAAAUGUCAUCCAUUGGCAACCUGUCAGUUUACUUCUUCUGGUGUCUGGAACUGUGUUUGUCAGGAGGGCUAUGACGGAGAUGGCCUUCUGUGCUAUGGAAAUGCAGCAGUGGAAUUGUCAUUUCUCUCCGAAGCAGCUAUAUUUAACCAGUGGAUAAAUAAUGCUUCUCUACAACCCAUGCUGUCAGCUGCCUCAAACCUCACCAUCCUUGUGCCCUCCCAACAAGCUAUCGCGGACCUGGACCAAGAGGAGAAAACCUUUUGGUUGUCACAGAGCAAUAUUCCAGCCCUAAUAAAAUACCAUACGUUACUAGGCACAUACGGAGUGGCAGAUCUGCAGACCCUGUCAUCUUCUGACAUGCUGGCAACAUCUUUGCAGGGCAACUUCCUUCACCUGGCUAAGGUGGAUGGGAAUAUCACAAUUGAAGGAGCAUCCAUCAUCGAUGGUGACAAUGCAGCCACGAAUGGAGUGAUACACAUCAUCGACAAGGUGCUCGUCCCCCAAAGAGGUCUAACUGGCUCCUUACCAAACCUGCUCACCCGGCUGGAGCAGAUGCCCAACUAUUCCAUCUUCCGGGGCUACGUCAUUCAAUAUAAUCUGGCGAACGCAAUCGAGGCUGCCGAUGCUUACACAGUGUUUGCCCCAAGCAACGACGCCAUUGAGAAUUACAUCAGGGAGAAGAAGGUCACAUCUCUAGAGGAGGACAUACUCCAGUAUCACGUGGUCCUGGAAGAGAAACUCCUGAAGAAUGACCUGCACAAUGGCAUGCACCGGGAGACCAUGCUGGGCUUCUCCUACCUCCUCGGCUUCUUUCUCCGCAAUGAUCAGCUCUAUGUAAAUGAGGCUCCAAUAAACUACACCAAUGUAGCCACUGACAAGGGAGUAAUCCAUGGCUUGGGGAAAGUUCUGGAAAUUCUGAAGAAUAGAUGCGAUAGUAAUGACACUACUAUUGUACGAGGAAAGUGUGGCAAGUGUCCCCAGACGCCAAUCUGCCCAUUCGGAACUAAACCAUUAAGUAAUGAGACGAAGAAAUGUAUCUAUACCCUCUAUUUCAUGGGAAAGAGAUCCCUGUUCAUUGGAUGCCAACCAAAAUGUGUGAAAACCGUCAUUACGAGAGAAUGCUGUGCUGGCUUCUUUGGACCCCAGUGCCAGCCCUGCCCAGGGAAAGCCCAGGCUGUCUGCUUUGGCAAUGGGAUCUGUCUGGAUGGAGCUAAUGGCACAGGCGUGUGUGAGUGUGAAAAGGGCUUCAGCGGGACGGCCUGCGAGACCUGCACUGAGGACAAGUACGGCAUCCACUGUGACCAAGCAUGUUCUUGUGUCCAUGGGCGAUGCAACCAAGGACUCUCAGGUGAUGGCUCCUGUGAAUGUGACGUUGGCUGGCGAGGAGUGAAAUGCGACACUGAGAUCACUAAAGACGACUGCAAUGGGACAUGCCACACCAGCGCCAACUGCCUUCUCAAUCCGAAUGGCACUGCCUCGUGCAAAUGUGCAGCAGGAUUCCAAGGGAAUGGGACAGUCUGCACAGUGAUCAACGCCUGUGAGAUCAGCAAUGGAGGCUGCUCUGCCAAGGCCUACUGUAAAAUAACCACCCCAGGAAGCCGGGUGUGCGCGUGCAAGGAGGGCUAUACGGGUGAUGGCAUCGUGUGCCUGGAAAUCGACCCAUGUUUGGAGAACCACGGUGGCUGUGACAAGAAUGCAGAGUGCACGCAGACAGGACCCAACCAGGCCGUCUGUAACUGUUUGCCAGCCUACACUGGAGACGGGAAGGUCUGCACGCGCAUCGACGUCUGCUUAACCAAAAAUGGCGGCUGUAGUGAAUUUGCUGUCUGCAAUCACACUGGACAGGAAGAAAGGACUUGUACCUGCAAGCCAAAGUACAUCGGAGAUGGGUUCACCUGCCGUGGCAACAUCUACCAGGAGCUUCCCAGGAACCCAAAAACUUCCCAGUAUUUCUUCCAGUUGCAGGAGCAUUCCAUGAAAGAACUGGUGGGCCCAGGCCCCUUCACCGUGUUUGCGCCUUUAUCUGCAGCCUUCGAUGAGGAAGCUCAGAUUAAAGACUGGGCCAAACAGGGCCUCAUGCCCCAGGUUCUUCGGUAUCACGUGAUCGCCUGCCACCAGCUGCUUCUGGAAAACCUGAAAUUGGCCCCAAAUGUUACUUCCCUCCAAGGGGAGCCAAUUGUCAUCUCCGUCUCUCAGGACACUGUGUAUAUAAAUAACAAAGCUAAGAUCAUAUCCAGUGAUAUUAUCAGUACUAAUGGGGUCAUCCAUAUCAUAGACAAAUUGCUGUCUCCACAAAACUUGCUGAUCACCCCCAAAGAUGCCUCUGGAAGGAUUCUGCAAAAUCUUACGACAGUGGCAGUAAACCAUGGCUACAUCAAAUUUAGCAACUUAAUACAGGACUCGGGCUUGAUGAGCGUCAUCAGUGAUCCUAUCCACACCCCGGUCACUGUCUUCUGGCCCACGGACCAAGCCCUCCAAGCCCUACCGCCUGACCAACAAGAUUUCCUGUUCAAUCGAGACAACAAGGACAAGCUGAAGGAGUAUUUGAAGUUCCACGUGAUCCGAGAUGCCAAGGUUCUAGCUGUGGAUCUCCCCAGAUCUGUUGCCUGGAAGACCCUGCAAGGUUCAGAGCUGAGUGUGAAGUGUGGAGCUGGCAGUGACAUCGGCGAACUCUUUCUAAAUGGCCAAACAUGCAGAAUUGUGGAGCGGGAGCUGUUGUUUGACCUAGGCAUAGCCUAUGGCAUUGACUGUCUGCUGAUCGAUCCCACCCUGGGGGGCCGCUGUGACACUUUCACUACUUUCAGUGUCUCGGGGGACUGUGGGAGCUGUGUCAGUACUCCCAGCUGCCCAAGGUGGAGUAAACCAAAGGGUGUGAAGCAGACGUGUCUCUACAACCUGCCGUUCAGGAGGAGCGUGCAAGGCUGCCGGCAGCAGUGCGUCCUGGUGAUACAGCUCCCCAGGUGCUGCAAGGGCUACUUCGGGCGAGACUGCCAGGCCUGCCCUGGAGGACCGGAUACCCCGUGUAAUAACCGGGGUGUCUGCCUGGAUCAGUACUCAUCCACAGGAGAGUGUAAAUGCAACAUUGGCUUCAAUGGGACGGCGUGUGAGCUGUGCUGGCCGGGGAGAUUUGGACCUGAUUGUCAGCCCUGUGGCUGCUCAGACCAUGGACAGUGUGACGAUGGAAUCACGGGCUCCGGGCAGUGCCUCUGCGAAACGGGGUGGACAGGCCGCUUUUGUGACAUUCAAGCAGUUUUGCCCCCAGAGUGCACACCUCCUUGUUCUGCUCAUGCCACCUGUAAGGAGAACAACACAUGUGAGUGUAACCUGAACUAUGAAGGUGACGGAAUAACCUGCACAGUUGUGGAUUUUUGCAAACAGGACAACGGGGGCUGUGCGAAGGUCGCCAAGUGCUCCCAGAAGGGCACAGAAGUUUCCUGCAGCUGCCAGAAGGGCUACAAAGGGGACGGUCGCAGCUGCACAGAGAUAGACCCAUGUGCGAAUGGCCUCAAUGGGGGGUGCCAUGAGCAUGCCACCUGCAAGAUGACUGGCCCGGGCAAGCACAAGUGUGAAUGUAAGAGUCACUACGUGGGAGAUGGGCUGGACUGUGAGCCGGAGCAGCUACCCAUUGACCGCUGCCUACAAGACAAUGGGCAGUGCCACGCAGACGCCAUCUGUGCCGACCUCCACUUCCAGGACACCACUGUUGGGGUCUUCCAUCUACGCUCCCCACUGGGCCAGUACAAGCUGACCUUUGACAAAGCCAGAGAGGCCUGUGCCAACGAAGCUGCAGCCAUGGCAACCUACAACCAGCUCUCCUACGCACAGAAGGCCAAGUACCACCUGUGUUCAGCGGGCUGGCUGGAGAGUGGGCGGGUUGCCUACCCCACAGCCUACACCUCUAAGAACUGUGGCUCUGGUGUUGUUGGGAUAGUGGACUAUGGACCUAGACCCAACAAGAGUGAAAUGUGGGAUGUCUUCUGCUACCGGAUCAAAGAUGUGAACUGCACCUGCAAGGUGGGCUACGUGGGAGAUGGCUUCUCGUGCAGUGGGAACCUGCUGCAGGUCCUGAUGUCCUUCCCCUCACUCACAAACUUCCUGAUGGAGGUGCUGGCCUAUUCCAACAGCUCUGCCAGAGGCCGGGCCUUUCUGAAACACCUGACUGACCUGUCCAUCCACAGCACCCUCUUUGUGCCACAGAACAGCGGGCUGGGGAACAACGAGACCUUGUCUGGGCGGGACAUCGAGCACCACCUCACCAAUGUCAGCACCUUUUUCUACAAUGACCUUGUCAACGGUACCAUCCUGCACACCAGGCUGGGAAGCCAGCUGCUCAUCACCUCCAGCCAGGACCAGCUGAAGGAGACCAGGUUUGUUGAUGGAAGAGCCAUUCUGCAGUGGGACAUCUUUGCCUCCAAUGGGAUCAUUCAUAUCAUUUCCAGGCCUUUAAAAGCACCCCCAGGUCCAGUAGCUUCAAGGCGCACUGGCUUGGGAACGGGCAUAUUCUUUGCCAUCGUCCUGAUCACUGGAGCCAUUGCUCUGGCUGCCUACUCUUACUUUCGGCUAAACCGGAGAACAAUCGGCUUCCAGCAUUUUGAGUCAGAAGAGGAUAUUGAUGUUUCGGCUCUUGGCAAGCAGCAGCCUGAGAAUAUCUCGAACCCCAUGUAUGAGAGCACAACCUCAGCUCCCCCAGAACCUUCCUACGACCGCUUCGUGGACUCAGAUGAGCAGCAGCUCGAGAGCGGUGACCCCUUGGGGGCACUGUGA